GCCUCCACGUUGCUACUGCCAGUUCCGGCGCCGUCUUCGCCAUCUUACUACUGCCGCCCGCCCACCCGCCCACGUUGCGGGGUUACCAAGAUGGCGGCGCCCAGGGCAGGCAUGCUUCUCCUGCCCCGAGUCACCGCCGCGGCCGCUCUCCGAGCGCUGAGGCAGGGUCGCCGCCUCGCCUGGACUUCUGCGCCGCUCAGACGCCACGGCAGCAGCGGCGGCGGCAGCAGCGGCGGCAGCUGCAGGAGCUUUCUCGACGUGCACGCCCGAGGUCUCCUGCACGGUGUGUACCCCGAGGCGAGCUUGGAGCUGCGCGCGCUGCUCGAGUCCGCGCGGCAGUGCGUCUACUGCGGGUUCGACCCCACCGCGGACAGCCUCCACGUGGGACACCUGCUGGCCCUGGUGCUCAUGCUGCACUGCCAGCGAGCCGGCCACGACGCCGUGGCCCUGGUCGGAGGCGCCACGGCGCUGGUGGGCGACCCGAGCGGCCGCGCGGGAGAGCGGGAGCCGCUGAGCGCCGAGGCGGUGGAGCGCAACGCGGCGCGCAUCGGCGACAGUCUGCGCCGAGUCGCCAGCAACCACGAGGCUCUGCUGUGGCGGCCAGAUAGCCAGGGACCUCCGGGGAGGCGGAGGCAGCUGGGCGCCUUUGCGGUGCUCAAUAACGCGAGCUGGUACGGGGAACGCGACGUGGUUGGGUUCCUGUCCACGGUCGGAAGGCACUUUCGCAUGGGCACCAUGCUGAGCCGGCACAGCGUGCAGUCGCGACUCAAGUCUCCCGAGGGGAUGAGCCUCGCCGAGUUCUCCUACCAGAUGUUCCAGGCGUACGACUUCCUGCACCUGCACCGCGAGCUGGGCUGCGUGGUGCAGCUGGGAGGCGCCGACCAGCUUGGCAACAUCAUGUCGGGGCAGGAACUCAUCCACAAAGUGACCGGCAAGGAGGUGUACGGCAUCACGGUGCCGCUGAUGACGAGCACCACGGGAGACAAACUGGGCAAGACGGCGGGCAACGCUCUGUGGCUCAACCGCGACAGGACGUCGCCCUUUGACCUGUACCAGCAUUUCAUUCGCCUGCCCGACGCAGAGGUCGAGAGGUACCUGAAGCUCCUCACCUUUCUGCCGCUGGCCGAGGUGUCUCACGUGAUGGAGCGGCACCGUGAGACGCCAGAUAAGCGCGGGGCUCAGCGCCGUUUGGCAACCGAGGUCGUGAAGCUCGUGCAUGGCCAGGAUGGGUUGGAAUCCGCAAUCAGGUGCACCAAAGUGCUGUACGAGGGCAGCACGCAGGACCUGGAGGCGAUGGACGACACGGAGCUGCGGGAGCUGUUCCGAGAGUCGUCCUUCACGGAGCUAGUGCUGGAGCCCGGCACCUCGCUGCACGACAUGUGCCUGAGGGUACAGGCGGUGCCCGAGGGCAGCCAUGGCCUGCAGAUGAUCGAGAGCGGCGGGGUGCGCGUGAAUCAUGAGCGGGUCACUAACCCGGACCAGGUGCUCGUGCUGGGUCAGCACGUCCUUCGCAACGGCCUCUCCCUGCUGCGCAUUGGCAAGAAGAACUACUACAUCGUCAAGUGGCUCAACGUGUGAGUGCGUACGCGAGUGUGGCACGAGGGCCGGCCUUCUCCAGUGUCCACGGUUCGUGCCGACUUGUGGCUGUCGUCCGCGAGUGAGCUGCCUUGGCCAUGGACCCAGUUGCAAGUUCGACCCGUUUGAAUGUUACCUGCUGUUGGACGGGAAAUUUCUCUCCGCCCACCUGAAAUACUAUCUUUUCUAUUUCGUUCAAGAAGUAGAGAAGUCGGGUGUCGUCCGUGCACUCGUACGCGCAAAUUGGCAGGUCCCGUAGGUGGAGCCGAGCCAGUGGUGGAAAUUCUUCAUUGACGUUCAAACGAGUGUACAGAAGAUGAAGCUCGGUUUAAUAAUGGAUGAUGAUGAUAUUGGGGCUUAUUCAGGCCUAACUAGGAUAUGAAUUCAUGAUUUGGUGCUCAACUGCUGAAAGUGAUAACAUGCCUGGGAAGGAAAGUCAUGAAUUUCCACUGAAUGCAUGGCUGUUGGUGCAUUUUAGGUUGCAUCUUAAAAUAUAUCUCAAAAGCUUGGAAUAUAAAAAAAUAUAUAGGGUUGAAUUCGGACUUCUGUUGACCUCUUCACUUGAAUUCCAGUUAAGUUUGAUUUUGAAGAGGUAAAUUGACAUUGUUAAACUGUUCCCAUUCACAAGUUAAUAUAUACCCAUAGUACACAAGUACCCUUGUGUAUUGUACAAAUAAUAUCUGUAUAAUAUACUUGAAUAAAAAUGUAAGAGUUUUCAAA